AUGCCAGCUUGCCGAGGGCUCGCCAGGGAGGUGCCGGACAGCGUAACUGAAGUCAAGACAGACAUUUACGUGACCAGUUUCGGCCCUGUCUCGGACACAGAUAUGGAAUACACUAUUGAUGUCUUUUUCCGGCAGUCCUGGAGAGAUGAAAGGCUGAAGUUUGAUGGUCCCAUGAAAAUACUUCCCCUGAACAACCUGCUGGCCAGUAAGAUCUGGACUCCUGAUACCUUCUUCCACAACGGGAAGAAAUCUGUCGCCCAUAACAUGACAACACCCAACAAGCUGCUGCGCCUGGUGGACAAUGGCACCCUCCUGUACACCAUGAGGCUAACGAUUCAUGCAGAGUGCCCCAUGCACCUGGAGGACUUCCCAAUGGAUGUGCAUGCUUGCCCGCUGAAAUUUGGGAGCUAUGCCUACACAAAGACAGAGGUGAUCUACACCUGGACACUGGGGAAGGAUAAAUCAGUAGAAGUAGCAAAGGGUGGAUCUCGCCUGAACCAGUAUGACCUGCUGGGCCAUGUUGUUGGGACAGAGAUGGUUCGAUCCAGCACAGGAGAGUAUGUCGUCAUGACCACACACUUCCACCUCAAGAGGAAGAUCGGUUACUUUGUGAUCCAGACCUACCUACCCUGCAUUAUGACGGUCAUCCUGUCCCAGGUCUCCUUCUGGCUUAACAGGGAGUCUGUUCCUGCCCGAACAGUUUUUGGUGUCACCACUGUCCUCACCAUGACCACACUAAGCAUCAGCGCAAGAAACUCGUUACCUAAAGUGGCGUACGCGACGGCCAUGGACUGGUUCAUAGCCGUCUGUUAUGCCUUUGUGUUUUCUGCGCUGAUUGAAUUUGCCACUGUCAACUACUUCACCAAGCGCAGCUGGGCUUGGGAUGGCAAGAAGGUGCUGGAGGCCCAAGAGAUGAAGAAAAAAGAGCCGGUGGCACUAGCAAAGAAAACCAACAACACCUACAACAUUGUUGGCACCACAUAUGCCCUCAACAUUGCCAAGGACCCUGGCCUGCCCACCAUCUCCAAGAGUGCUGCUGCCACUGCUGCUGCCACCAACAUACCCCCCAAGAUGCCCCGCAUAGAAGAGAAGCUCCCAGAAAGUAAGAAGACAUACAACAGUGUGAGCAAGGUAGACAAGAUGUCCCGCAUCGUCUUUCCAGUCCUCUUUGCCAUUUUCAACUUAGUCUACUGGGCCACAUACGUAAACCGGGAGUCAGCUAUCAAGGGAAUGAUCCCCAAACAAUAAAACCGGUCACAAAAACCUUCCAUCAGUGAGCACCAUCCAGGCAGAAAUUCUCCAGGGCUUUCUUCUUUCCUGUUUUGUUUAUUUUUGUUCAUUUGAUAUUUAUUAUUACUAUUAGAUCUUUUUUUUUAUAAUGUAAAAAAACCCUGUGAUUUUAAUUUAAUUCUGUAUACUUUAGUUUCAUUUUACUUGUCUCUAAUGAUGAAAGGAGGAAAAAAGGAUCAUAA